AUACUAUAUAUAAUCCUCUGAUCACGGCGCUUAUUUCCCUCGCCUUCUAGGGUUUCUUCGCUCGUGUUGGCCGCGGCGCGCUAGGGUUUAGAAGAGAGGAUUCGAGCUUAUUCACUUACUGAAGCUUUUCUGAGCAAUUAGAUGGCUCCUCCAUCGAAAGCUCCUGCGAAGAAAGCUGAUGCCAAAUCCCAGGCCCAGAAGGUCGCGAAGGCUGUGAAGGCCGGGCCGGCGACACUGAAGAGGAAGGCCAAGAAGAUCCGUACUAAGGUGACCUUCCACCGGCCUAAGACACAGAAGAAAGCGAGGGACCCCAAGUACCCUAGAAUCAGUGUCACACCUAGGAACAAGUUGGACCACUAUCAGAUCCUCAAAUUCCCCCUCACCACUGAAUCUGCCAUGAAGAAGAUCGAAGACCAUAACACGCUUGUCUUCAUUGUGGAUAUCAAGGCUGACAAGAAGAAGAUCAAGGCGGCUGUUAAGAAGAUGUAUGACAUCCAGGCGAAGAAAGUCAACACCCUCAUAAGGCCUGAUGGAACGAAGAAGGCGUAUGUGAGAUUGAUGCCGGAUCACGAUGCUCUUGAUGUUGCGAACAAGAUCGGUAUCAUCUAAGCAAACAGGUCGAAGCCGUCUGCGAAAUGUUUUUUUUUUUUUUUUUGGCUUAUAAUUAAGACAUUUUUUAAGAGUUUAAUCUAUUUGAAGUAUGUAGCUGUUUUGAACAUCAGAAGUUUUUAAUUCUGGGUCCUUAAGAGUUCAGAGUACCUUGUUUGAGUUUAGUCUCUUCUUAUGACUUGUCUUUUGGAUUCCGUAAAAUUUUAUGAAAUAGAUUUGCUCUAGUUGUCUGCAA